AUGUCCCAAUCACCCCCUGAACAGACCCCCGCCGUGCCAAACGGCCCCCCUCAUCCUCCUCUCCCAGCUUCCGCAUCGCAGCCGUCCUCCGUUCCCUCCGCUACCCAUCAAACAGUCCAUUCACUCCCCCAGGAGAUCCUCCAAGCUGACCCCGCAACAUUCACCAAGGGUGGCAUCCCCCUCACGGAGAACGACUACGCCCACUCCUCGGCUGACGCUGGUGCCGUCGAAAAUGCUAAAUUCCCGCGGAUCUCGCGCCCCGUGCCCAUGAUGAGGGUUGAAUACGACGUUGUGGUCGUGGGCAGUGGGUAUGGGGGUGCCGUGGCCGCUUCGCGAAUGGCGAGGGCCGGGAAGAGCGUUUGUGUGCUCGAGCUUGGGAGGGAGCGGUGGCGUAUGUUGUGUCCUUCUGCUUGCGAAUGUGUUGGAGUGGGAACUGAUGAUGGUGGGGCUUAGCGGGGGAGUAUCCAGUGGGACUGCUACAGGCGACCCCCGAAGUCCAUGUUUCCGGGAAUAUAGGGAAGAAUGGGGAGCCGGUUGUUGAUGCUACCGCUGGGGACCCGACUGGAUUGUACCAUCUGGUGCUUGGGGAGGGGCAGAAUGCUUUUGUCGCUAAUGGUAUAUCGCUCAUCUCCUCUUCCCCCUUUACCGGUCAGUUCUUAUGAUUAAAUCCAGGGCUCGGUGGGACCUCUCUUCUCAAUGCGAACAUCUUUCUCCCGGCGGAUAAGCGUACCCUACAGCUCCCGGCGUGGCCGCGGGAGAUUUCUGCUAAUCCGGCGUCUCUGGAUACAUGUUCGUCUCUGAGUGCUCCUGCUUGUGGCCAUAUGGUGACGCUCGACUGACUUGAAAAGACUAUUCUCGUGCGGCUAGUGUGCUCCAGCCAGUGCCCUAUCCGAAUGACUUUCCGCAAUUGAAGAAGUUGAGUGUUCUAGAAAAGCAGGCGGAAUUGAUGGGACAGAGGGACCAGUUUUACCGUCCGCCCCAGACUACCUCUUUUACGAACGGUUUGAAUAGUUCGGGGAUUGAAAUGCGUGCUUCGACACUCUCUGGCCAAGACUGCACGGGUGUCAAUGACGGGAGUAAAGGAAGUGUAUUAAUGAACUACCUUCCCGACGCCUGGAAUUGGGGGGCAGAAAUGUAAUCCACCUCCCCCCACGGGUCAAGGAAUCUCGCUGAUCAUCACAGCUUCUGCGAAUGCGAAGUCCGGUACGUAAAACGCGACCCGAGCAACAGCGCCUGGCUCGUUCUCUUCGCCUGGCAUGGCGACAAGCGUGCAAAAUUCGAGGACUUUCAUAGGGAACUGAUGUGGGUGAAAGCCCGAGAAUUUGUCUUCCUUGGCGCCGGAACACUGGGUACUACAGAGAUCCUCCUCCGCAGCCGGGACCACGGCUUGAAAACCAGUUCCGAGAUCGGCCGAGGAAUGAGUGGUAAUGGAGAUAUCCUCUCGUUCGGGUAUAAUACUGAUUUCGAGGUAAAUUCCAUCGGACGGGAGAAUUCCGGGAACAGUCCUCCGGUCGGACCGACCAUUACGGGGGUUAUUGAUAUGCGUGAUACUAUGCCGGAUGUUUUGGAUGGGUAUGUCCUUGAGGAGGGAGCGGCACCACAGGCACUGGCAAAGCUGCUGCAGGGGAUGUUGGAACUUAUGCCUGGGAAAGUGUACCCAGAGAAUUUUGGACUUACAGAGAAAUUGCGACAUUUGUUUUCUCGCGCCGAGGCGAGGUUGUUGGGCCCAUACACUCCCGGUGGAUCGGUCAAUCGUACACAGAUCUACCUUAUCAUGUCUCAUGACAGUAACGAGGCGACGCUCACGCUUGAGAAUGGAAAGCCGUAUCUCAGGUUCUUAGGGGUUGGUCGCAGCGCGCACGUCAAGGAGUUGAACGAGAUGUUGGCGAAGGCUACGUCGAAGAUUGGAGGGACGUUGAUUAAUUCGCCCUUUUAUUCACUGCUUGGGGAGGAGGAGAUUACGGUUCACCCUAUCGGCGGAGCGAAUAUGUCUAGCGACGGGACUGGAAGGAAUGGUGCUACCAACCACCUUGGGGAGCUAUUUACCGGUGCGGGUGAAGGCGUACAUCCCGGACUUGUGGUUGUUGAUGGGAGUGUGAUACCCUGUGCUCUUGGAGUCAAUCCUUUCGCCACUAUUACUGCCCUUGCGGAGAGAAGUGUCGAAGGGGUGGCUGCAAAGCGGCAGAUCGUGAUCGACUACGCCACUCGCAACCCCCGUCUGAACCUUUUCGGGCUUCCGGCGCGUAGUUUCCCGCUCACAAGGGAUAUGGCAAACGCCCAGCAAGCCAUCUCCUCGGCCGCUGGAAAGAGCGGGAUCCGCUUCACAGAGGUAAUGGAGGGGCAUCUAUACAUCGGCGAUGACAUCGAAGAUUUCCAGGUCGCGGCCGACGCUGCUCGGGGGUCAUCAACCUCCGCACGCUUCCUCCUUUCGGUCGAUAGCUACAGUACCCAGAAUCUUAUUGAGCGAUCCGAUCACGCCGCGCUUGCAACUGGAACUUUUGCGUGUGGAGCAUUGAGUAAGGAGCCGUUUAUGGUUCUCCGUGGCGAAGUGCAAUUCUUUUCCUUGGACACCGAUGUUGCUGAUGGAAAGAACCUGGCAUAUAAGCUUGACUUGGUCAGUUCCGAUGGGGAGCUCUUGCAUUUUAAUGGGUAUAAGGCCAUAGACUCGAAUAUGGCGUUCUCAGCUUCAAAGACUUGGAAGGCUACGACUACGCUCUAUGUCACACUGACUAGGCCGGACAAGACAGUUGUAGCAAGAGGUGUACUAACCAUCCCGUGGAGAAAUUUCGUAUCUGAACUCGCUAGUUUCGGACAGACUGGCGGCACCAUCUCGGGAAGGAUUGGUGCCACCAUGGACUUUCUCGGGUAUUUCGCUAGCCAGACGGCGGGGUACUUCUUUAGCCCACUCAGAGCGCUCCAGUACCCGACCCUCACGACAACUGGAUAUUACCAGAAGCAGCCACCAGCCGAGAUUGUGACAUUGAUGGCCCAGGACGGGGUUCAGACGUUCAUGCACGUCUACACUCCGGAAUCCGCACCCGCCCCACACCAGAAUAACCAAAACGGAGUAAACGACAGGCUGCCGCCGAUCCUCAUGAUCCCAGGUGCAGCGGUAGACCACCAGGUAGUCCCUUCCCUAAUCACACCCCAUCACUCGUUUUAACAGCGUUUAGAUCUUCGCCCUCCCCACAAUCCCCACAAACGCUGUGGACUACUUCCUCGCCCGUGGCCACACAAUCUACAUUCCAACGCACCGCGUGGGCCGGACCCCACUGGCCAAGUCCACGCAUACCACCUUCUCCGCGCGCCUAGACAUAAAAGCUGCGCUGGAGCACAUCCGCCGCGAAACACCCUCACAGGUGUACGUGAUCGCGCAUUGCGCCGGCAGCGUAGCCCUCGGUUCUGGCCUCCUCGACGGGACCAUUCCAGCGAGCUGGCUGAAGGGCCUUACAGCCAGUCAGGUGUUCAUCUCCCCUCGCUUCGCAAAGACAAACAUGCUGAAAGCGCGUCUUCCCCUGCCACUACCGAAGGUGUACUCGAAAGUUGUGGGGGAGUACUUUGACUGCACGACCUCACCCACAGACUCUCUAUCUCAACGCCUCAUGAAUCAGCUGCUCCGCUUCUACCCCGUUGGCUCCACCGCCGAGAUGUGCAAUUCCGCCGUGUGUCACCGGUCGGAAUUGGCCUUUGGCAGGCUGUGGUCGCACAGUGGGCUGAACGCAGCUACGCAUGCGAACUUGGGGAAUUUCCUCGGCGGGACGAACAUGCGUUGCUUGAUGCACCUCAUGCGCAUGGGGAGUAGCGGGUACGUUAUGGAUGACGAGUUCGCCUCACUGAUCACUGGAGUCGGACUAAGGCGGCUGGAGGGCUUGAAGGUGCUGUUUGUGCAGGGUGGGAAAAAUGCGGUUUACGAACCGGAGAAUACACUCACGAGCUUUGAAUUGCUCAGGGAGGAGUUUGGGAGUGCCGGUGUUGGGAGGGUUGUUUUGUGAGUUGUUGCCUUCUCGCUUUGCAAUUUUUGGGGGUGGUGAAUGCUGACUCUGCACAGUGAGAAUCGCGGACAUUUGGAUUGCUGGAUGGGGAAGAACGCGUAUAUGGAUGUCUACCCUGCCGUUGCGAAUCAUAUCGAUGAGGUUAUGAGCAGUGGUGUCGCCGGCGAGGCUCCGGGAAAGGACUAGUUUACCAGAGGCCCCGGAGAGAUGAGAGGAGGGCGCUGUGAUGACACGGCGCCGGAGCAUGGGAUGAAGGGAUUCUGAUUGUUUUUUUCCUUUUUACGUUGGUAAUGGAUAAAUGAUGUUUUAAUCGUAUUUUUGAAUUCAAUGACUUGUUGUCCCGUCGUCCCUGGAUGAGGAAAAUGCACUAGCAGAACUUUAUCUCGCACGGCAAGUUCCCGUAGGGGAGAAAACCUGUCGUCAUGCGUAAUCACUCGUAACUCACCUCUAUUGUGGUGGUGGGGAUUAAACCACAAUGAGCCGGACUCUACCAAGCCAUCCUACGAUGACCCAACCACAGAGCGAUACCGUAUUAGGCAGUGAUAAAGCCCCCCGGUGUCCUCACGAAAUGUAGAAGCGCGGAAAGAGAACGUGCCAGGUCUGGAGGUGAAUGUGCUUUCAAACUUAUCCGCGGCGGGUUUUGGGCAGUAAUUUACAUCUUGGAAAAGCCAUGUAUUAUUCUAUUCUUUCUUUCUCUCUCCCUUCACUUCCCCUGAGGAGCCCUAGAGGUGUCGGUGGCGAGGUACGUGUGUAUGCGCUGGUGGCUGUCAAAGUUCCGGAUUGUCCGGGUCGCCAUUUGCAACUCGUUUCCCUCCGCGCCUUUGGAAGGAAGGAAGGAGAGGUUUUGCUUGUUCGUGUUUCGCCCCGUCGGGGUUUUUUCGACUCUUUUGGUCUUGUGGUUUCGUGGGUAUGACAACUUACUGUAUCAUACAUAUUCCGUCCCGAGACUAUCGUGCAUUUCGGGGAUCGUGGUGACAUAUUCGGGCUCCGGUAUCUUUACGCCAAGGGAGUGGGCAUCUUGUGUCCGGGAAGAGCUGUGCGCGUGGGAACUUGGCGGUGUGGACUUUAGAGGGCCGAGGGGAAGGGAGAUGUCAGCUAUAUGCCUUCCUCUUCGGCAGGGAUGAUUGGAAACCUGUUUUCAAUUCUAUAGGCGGGGCAUCAAUGUCCCGUUUAAGAUCUUUGAUCG